UAUCUAUCUAUCUAUCGUGCAGACAAAGGAUGGCUCAAUAGAGGGCGCUGUCUCUAUAGUCCACUUCCGAGGCUCCAGGAAGUCGGUCUGGUGCUCUAUGGUGUCUGUCUGCUCAUCCUUGGUGUCCAUCGCGAUCAAAACAUUGCAGGUCUGCGCUCAGAGUCCGCGCUCUUUAGGAUGAGCCGAAAAAGGAACCACUGCUACAUGGAAACAGGAGCGUCCUCGGAGUCCCAGGGCGCGUUUGUAGACAGCGCCGGCCCGUUCAGCCGGGACGAGGAGGAUUUCUCCGAGCUCGAGCCCGACGAGCAGCUGGUGUGUUCGGUGACCGAGAUCACGGAGCAUCUGGGCAGGAACAUCACGGUGGUGCUGGAGUCCGCGCUGUCCGAGAUCCGCAAGCUGGUCGGCGUACGGAUCCGCGUCCUGAAGAUGGAGCUCCGCGAGAAAUCCGACGAGAUCGAGCUGCUCAAGGCCAAGCUGGAGUCGGCGGAGAAAGACGGGAGGGUCUCCAACUUCAGCAGCCUGGAUUUCAGAAAAUCCGAGCACCAGAAAUACGGUGCUGAGCCGAAGAAAGCCAAAACCGGGACGCCCGUGGUGAAGAAGGAGAACAUCAACGCGAUCUGCGACUAUCUGAUGAAAGAUAAGAACCAGCGCGGGGCUGCAGAAGUGGAGAGCGACCACAGCAAUCAGGCCUUUGGCUCUGAACGGGACGUCCGGACCGAAGCGCAGCCGCACGGCUCUCUGAGCCUGUGGCCGGACAGCGGACCCGCGGACACCGACGCCGAGACGGACAUCUUCAGCAUGCUGCCCUCCGCCAGUAAACGCAUGUAUGAUUAUGAGUGGAUGACAGGAGUGGAACUCAACUCAGCCGAGUUUAAAGGUGAUUCUGAAACAAAAUGUGAAGAUGUUCCUCCCAUGGAUGAGGAAGAUGAAAAUGAAGACUCUGAAGAAGGCAGAGGAAGUCUGAGGUCAGUGUCUGACCACUUUCCCCUGGACACUCAGGGCUCUCCGGGAGAAGACAGGAGCAGCCCAGCAGAGGACAGUAUGGACAGAAUGGAGCCAGGUCAGCAAUUCACCUCUCACACCUUCAUCUGCCCGUUCUGUGGCACUCUAUGCCCAGACUCCUCUUUCCUGGAGGAGCACAUCAAGCUCAUGCACCAUGGCGAGAGCUUGCUGCAGUCCACCUCGGCCGGCUCUUCCUCUCAGGCCGAGGGUGACUCGGGUGAGGCAGGACCUGCUAGCAGGGGCGCACGGGAGAAGAAAGUGGAGGGCGGCUAUGAGUGCGGUGACUGCGGCCGCCACUUUAACUAUUUAGGCAACCUGCGGCAGCACCAGCGCAUCCACACUGGCGAGAAGCCCUUUGUUUGUCCAGAGUGUGGAGAGCGUUUUCGGCACACUGCACGACUUAAGAGCCACCGCCUGAGCCACAGCGGAGCACAGAGUCCAUUCCCUUGUCCACAGUGUGGAAAGGGAUUCCCAGUGCUGUCCGGACUCAAGCGGCACCAGCGUGUGCAUACAGGAGAGAGUCCGUACGCUUGUCCUCAGUGCGGCCGCAGGUUUAAAGAGCUAGGCAAUUUAUACACGCACAUGCGCAUUCACAGCGGCGCUACGCCCUACACCUGCUACCAGUGUGGGCGGAGCUUCAGACAUCUCGGAACCUAUAAGAGUCACCGCUGUAUGCCAGCCACACAGAUGCCAAGUGAACACAGUCCGCCAUGGGCACAAGAAGACAAGGUGCAAACUGGGUAAUAGCUAUGUUCGCUUAAAAACGGUUCAUUUUCUGGUUCAGGAUCAAUUUCUUAUUCAAGUUAGUUAAGUGUAACUCGCUGCUUGUUAAAUGUAUGUUUUUUUUUUUUUUACAUUUUGCAAUAAUAUCUUCCAAUGUUAAACUUAGAAAUGUUUGAGUGUCCAUGCGCAGUAUUUUAAGUCGACACUAAACAUAAUUUGAUGUGUUUUAAUUCUUUUUUAGGUGUUUCAGAAUAUCUGAACUUUAUAGCAUAUCGCCAAAGGCAUAAUAACUGAGCAAAAUAUGCCUUAUGAAUUUAUUUAACUAGCGAUCUUUUACUUUUUUGGUAAAUAAUUGAUUUCAUUAUAAUAAACCAGUUUAUUUGAGCAUUAGCGCUUUCACCCCAAACAAAAAGUACCAUAAUUGUAAUAAAAUGAUACGUAGACACAUUUUAUUAACCUAUUAUUGCCGUCUACACAUUUACACUACUGCUCAAAAGGUUUUGAAGGAAGUCUUUUAUGCUUUUGUUUGACUGAAAAUACAGUGAAAACUGUAAACACAUUUUAAUGUAUUUUAAAAUGUAAAUUAUUCCUGUAAUGCAAAGCUCAAUGUGGUUCAGCAUCAUUACUCCAGUCUUCAGUGUCACUUGAUCCUUCAGGAUUAAUAAUAAUAUCAUAAUAAUAUGCUGAUGUGGUGCUCGAGAAACAUUUCUUACUAUGUCAGUGUUAAAAACAGUUGUGCUGAUUUUUUUUUGUUUAGUUUUGUGAAAGCGGUGAUUUAUUUGAAUAAAUGUUUUCUAACAAAUAUUUUUAUUGCAUCUUUUCAUCAGCAUAGUAGGCCUACAUCUUUUCUGAAUGAAUUUGGUAAUUAUUUGCUAUAAAUGUUUUGCUACAAUUACCAUAAUUUAUUUAUGAUUUUUGCAGUAAAACUGAUUAUGCUAACAUUAAUUGAUAUAUAAAAACCAUGGAUACUACACACACAAAAAUAAAAAAAACAGUUAUUUUUCAAGUCUUAGUCAAUGUUAAUCUAAAAACAAACUUAAACUUACCUCCCUUUGAACAGUAGUGUACUUCAAAUAAUACAUUGGUAUGUGUUUAAUUGAGUUAUUAGUAUCCAAUAAUGAAGUCUGUGAAAAUUAAAACAAAACGGUAAGCAUUUUUGUAUCUUCAAGUGACUUGCUAAUAAUUGCUAAGUGUUAUUAGCAUCGCUUAGCAAGUUAACUAAUUAACUACUACUUUUUAGUAAUUGAGAAUUGGUUCAGCAACGUAAAAACACGAUAUUUAUAAGUCAAGCAGUUUAAAAUACAUUAUUGUAACGUAAUAUAUGAAAAACAUUACAAACCUUCAGUCACGAGAGGAUCUGAAGAGGUGCCAGUUUGAGCGCGAAAACGCUGCCAUCGAGUGGAGGAUUUCUGUUACUGCAUCAGUUUCACUGGAACAGUCGAACUCGUUGUUAAUUUUGAAAUGUGGUCACAUUGUUAAUUUUUCCUUUUUUAAUGUGUAUUUGUUCAUAUAGAUACACCUGUGUGUUGACAAAUUUAUUUUUGGGUGCGACAUACAUAUAAAAGAAACAAUUUUGAGGGGAUAUACUCCUGAAAGAAACAACAAGACUUUAAAAAUCUGAAAUUAAUGGAAAUAUAAACAAUACAUCAGAUUUUUUUUUACCCCAUUGUGCUCAAGUUAGCCAGGAAAAUAUGCAUUAAAUAGCACAUAAACAUGGUAAUUUCUCAGUAAUAACUGUAAGGCAACCUGAACUGUAACUAAUAAAUUCUCUUAGUUCUAGUCUAUUUGUAAGCAGUUGUUGACAUUAUGACAUGCUAUCAAAGCACAUUAAAAUAAUAGUUGUGUAUGAAUUGUGAUGCGUUUGUGCUUUUAACCUGCCUUACAUUGGAAUGGAGCUUUUGUAUAAGGUAGAAAAUGUCUGUAAAUGUCUCUGUAUGCAUGAGAUAAUGUGACAUUUUAAAGAGAACAUCUAUGGCAGGAGAGACUGAAAGAAGACAGAGUAUUUUUCUUUAUUAGAGGGUGACAAGUCUCUGUCAGUAAUCACGACGCCUUAAUAACACACUGCCCGCUCUACUUGUCAUUUCUCCAGGAGAUUGCAGGGCUAUGUGUGAGACUGAAAACACUGAGACGCAACACAUUCUUGCACAGAUGCCACAAAAGUAGACUUCAAAAAGUGAGUUUUAGAGUAUGAAAUAGAAGUGAAUGCCUUUGUACAUACUUGUGUUAAUCAUACAGUAUGAGUGAAAUAAAUUGUCAAUUUAACCUUUGAACUUGCAGUCUCAGAAAAAUAUAUAUUGUGACCG